AUGAGUGAUGAUCUAAAAGAUGUUAAAAUUAUUCUUGCACACGAAGAAGGCGCCUAUCAACCAUGCGUAUUGUCUGGAAUACUGGAAAUAUGUCCAAGCAAAUCAAUCCUGAUAAACGAAAUUCAAGUGAAGCUUAAUGGGCAAGCUUAUAUUUCUUUAGCAAGCACCGAACGUCGUGAAGAUUUCAUUGACAUAGUUCAAACUAUAUUUCCAACCUCUGAUAAACCAAUCAGCGAGCAGGUCGAAACAACACUACAAGAGAACGUUCGUUACACACUACCGUUCAGCUUUCAACUCAUGAAUCAUUUACCGUCUUCGUUUGAAUUAAAUUCAUCGUAUUCCGGAAUAACAGCUUAUGUUCGAUAUUACAUCGAGAGCACCGUUAUUCGACCGAAAAAUGCUUUGGCACAUAGAUGUCGAAGAGAUUUUAAAUUCCGCCAAACUCAAGAUUUGGCCAAGAUUCCGGGAUACUCGAUGCCGAAGAUGUAUCAGAAGUCCUAUCGUGGCGGGGUGUUCGGUUUGGCCUCGGUACAUCUGACGUGCGAAUUAGAUCGCGUCGCGUACUACCUCGGUGAAACAGUAUCCCUCAAUAUUACUGUUGACAAUAGCGCAAGAAAAGUUCAAACAAAAUUUGUUAUAGCGCAGCUUGUGCAGGAUGUAAGUCUUAUCGAGAACGAAAACGAUCACCGCAGCUUGCAUAAAUGUUCGACUAUAAAAGUCCUGCAGAGUCUUAUAGUGGCAGAUAGCGUCCAGAUGAAGCAGUGCGUGACACUAUCAAAUGUACAGUUAGAUAUACAACCCGCUACUGACUUGAUUCCAACUGUGGAAACAAGGAAAAGCAUCAUGUUUAACUAUGUUGUAGUCGUAAAAGUAAUCAUUGAUGAAAAAUCCAAACUUUCCUUAAAAAUCCCUAUCAUUGUCGCUCAGAGAAACAGUUUGCUGUCCUACUGA